AUGGCUGGCCGACAGUCAGUCCGACUGCUCGCUCGCCAGCUCACAUCCUCGCAAUGCACCCUUUCACAAUCUCAACACCAUGCUCGACGAGCAUUCUCCUCGACGCCUUCCGCCCUUGCGGCCCAUAACUUCAUGAUGCCCGCCAUGUCCCCAACCAUGACAGAAGGCAAUAUUUCCAGCUGGAAAGUCAAGGAAGGCGACUCCUUUUCCGCAGGGGACAUCCUGCUAGAAAUCGAGACGGACAAGGCGUCCAUGGACGUGGAAGCUCAAGAGGAUGGCGUCGUGGCCAAGAUUUUCCAGGGAGAUGGCUCAAAAUCAGUCCAAGUCGGCACGAGGAUAGCCGUGCUCGCGGAUGCAGGAGACGACGUCUCGAGCCUCGAGAUCCCGGCCGAUGAUUCCAAACCCGUCCAGUCACAGUCCGAGAACAUCAAGGGCGGAGACGAUGCGAAGUACGAAAGCUCCGGCGCGGAGAAGAACACACCGGGCACACCGCAGGACCCCAGGCCUGCGAAGGACAAACCCAAGACGAGCCCCCAGGGACCGGGCGCAAAUCCGAAAUAUCCUCUCUACCCGUCAGUGAUUGCACUCAUCCACGAGAACCACAUCCCCGACGCCGACGUGGCCAAGAUCGCCGCCACAGGGCCGAACGGCCGACUGCUGAAGGGCGACGUCCUUGCAUACCUAGGCACGAUCGCCUCAGACUAUUCGGCCGAACAAUCCAAGCGCAUCGAACACAUGGGCCACCUCGACCUCAGCAACAUCAAAGUCCUACCCGCGACGCCCGAGAACAAGCCAGCCCCUUCAGAAGACACCACACGAGGCAAAGCCGCGGCGGCAGCCGAGGUGGCGCCCGUGACGAGCGUAUCCCUCACGAUCUCCCUCUCCGAGGUACUCAAGGUCCAAAAACGCGUCAAAGACACACUGGGCGUGACUGUGCCGAUUUCCACGUUCCUCGCCCGCGCCGUCGACCUGGCCAACGACGACCUGCCCAACCCGAAGAACGCAAAGCCCUCGGCCGACGACCUCUUCAACGCCGUGCUCGGCCUGACCGCCAUCCCCACGACCUCACGAGGGACAUACCUCCCGCAAAUCGACGCCUUCCCUACCCUCCCGCCGCCGAGUGCGCGUCAAGCCACCAAGCCAUCGUCCCGCUCCCCGCGACUGGGCACCAGUGCGGCCAAGAAGAUCGACAUCCUCGACAUUUUGUCUGGCAAGGUGACGCCGCCGCGACGAGCAGCGGCUCCACUUUCCACGGCGGCCUCGAACCCCGGCCGUACCUUGACCACCACCUCGGAAGGUGCGCUCAAUGUCUUCAGCCUGACGGUGCCCAAGGGCGAGGAGAAGCGAGCCCGCACCUUCCUGGAACGGAUGAAGACCGUGCUGCAGGUCGAGCCGGGCAAGUUGGUGCUCUGA